CCAACAUGGUAAAAUCCCAUCUCUACUAAAGAUACCAAAAAUCAGCCAGGUGUGGUGGCAUGUGCCUUAAUCCUAGCUACUUGGGAGGCUGAGGCAAGAGAAUCACUUGAACCCGGAAGGCAGAGGUUGCGAGACGAGAUUGCACCAUUGCACUCCAGCCUAAGUGACAGGUUGAGACUCUGUAUGUAAAAAAAAAAAAAUUAGACACAACCUGAUGUGCAAUAGGGAACUGAUUAAUUAUGGUAUAUUCAUAUAAUGGGAUAUUAUGCAGUGUAAAAAAAAGAAAUUGGGGCAUGUUCUAAGUAUUGAUAUGGAAUUAUCUCUAAGAUACAAUAUUAAUUAAAAGAAGUGUGUUGUAGAACAGUAUACAGAGUAUGGUAGUAUUUAUGUUUGUUUGUUUGUUUGUUUGUUUUUAGAGAUGGGGUUUAACUGUAUUAUUCAAGCUGGCCUUGAACUCCUGGGCUCAAGUGAUCCUUCUACCUCAGCCUCCCUAGUAGCUGAGACAACAAGUGCAUGCCACCGUGCCCAACUUUAUUUAUUUUUAUUUUUUAAUUUAUUAUUUUAAUAGGUUUUUGGGGAACAGGUGGUGUUUGGUUACAUGAAUAUGUUCUUUAGUGCUAGCUUAAUUUUUUCAUUUGUUUUGUCUUUUUCUCUUAUAUCAGCUUUCUCAGGUUGAAGCAUAGCUUUAAAAGGGAAAUAUAUAUAUAUGUUUGCUUAUUCAGGCACAGAAUAUUUCUGGAAGAACAUUUAGUUAGAAAUAGGUAAGACUGGCUGGGCGUGGUGGCUCACGCCUUUAAUCCUAGCACUUUGGGAGGCUGAGGUGGGCAGAUCACGAGUCAGGAGUUCCAGACAAGCCUGACCAACAUGGUAAAACCUCUGUCUUUACUAAAAAUACAAAAAUUAGCUGGGCAUGGUGGCACACACCUGUAAUCGCAACUACUCAGGAGGCUGAGGCAGGAGAAUUGCUUGGACCUGGGAGAUGGAGGUUACAGUAAACUGAGGCAAGAGCAAGGUUACACUCCAACCGGGGCAAGAGCAACACUCUGACUCAAAAAAAAAAAGGUAAAACUGAUUUAUCUCCUUCUUUGGAGAUGACGUAGGUUCUGGGAAAAAGGGAUGGGAAGGACACUUUUCACUAUCUUUUGCAUAUUUUGAGUUUUGAGCAAUAUGGAAUAUAUUAUCUAUUGAAGCAAUGCAUUAAAAAAUAAGACUUGGCCGGGCGUGGUGGCUCAUGCCUGUAAUCCCAGCACUUUGGGAGGCUGAGGCAGACAGAUCACAAGGUCAGGAGUUCAAGACCAACCUGGCUAACAUAGUGAAACUGCAUCUCUACUAAAAAAAUACAGGCCGGGCGCGGUGGCUCAAGCCUGUAAUCCCAGCACUUUGGGAGGCCGAGGCAGGUGGAUCACAAGGUCAAGAGAUCGAGACCAUCCUGGUCAACAACAUGGUGAAACCCCAUCUCUACUAAAGAUACAAAAAAUUAGCUGGGCAUGGUGGCACGUGCCUGUAAUCCCAGCUACUCAGGAAGCUGAGGCAGGAGAAUUGCCUGAACCCAGGAGGCAGAGGUUGCGGUGAGCCGAGAUCGUGCCAUUGCACUCCAGCCUGGGUAACAAGAGCGAAACUCCGUCUCAAAAACAAACAAACAAAAAUUAGCCAAACAUGGUGGUGCAUGCCUGUAGUCCCAGCUACUCAGGAGGCUGAGGCAGGAGAAUUGCUUGAACCCCAGGAGGUUGUAGUGAGCUGAGAUCAUGCCACUGCACUCCAGCUUGGGCGACAGAGUGAGACUUCAGCUCAAUAAUAAUAAUAAUAAUCAUAAGACUCAAGCAGCUUAGCAUAGACUAGGCAUGUGUGUGUUUGGAGCCAGGAGGAAUACCAGAAAAAGGACUACUAGAAGAGUUUUCCUGCUUCUGGGGAAAUCUGGUUGUCACAAGGAAGCUAGUGCCUAUAGAGAGGAAAGGAGGGAAAAAGCUAUCUGAGGGAUAACUCAAGAAGGAAAGUACAUAGGAACACUUUGAAGGCAGGACUCUGUGCCUGGAAACUGACAGAAGACAGGAAAUAAUGCUAUACGACUGAAUGUAUAACAAGCCUAAAAAAACUGCAUAUCCCUUGGAUAUGGAUUGAUCACCAAUGUAAUGUUAAGGGAAAACUAGCAAGGUACAAGAGCAACGUGUAUAGUAUGAUACCCAAAAAGCAAGCUACAAGAACAAUGUGUAUAGGAUACCAUUUGUAUAAAAAAAGGUAAAGUAAUAUCAGCAUGUAUUUUAUGCAUAAAAUAGUCUCUAGAAGACUAUACAAGAUAUCAGUGAUAUCAGAUUAUUUCUGGGGAGCAAAAUUCCUAGGAAUUUACUCUAAGAAAUAAUUGAACAAGUGUACAAGAGUAUAUAGUAAUCAAAUUGAAGACUGGUUAUAUAAACUAUGAUACCUCAUACAAUGGAAUCUUUUAAAAUGACAAAAUGACAAUGUCAUAUGCACAUAUUCAAUGAUAUUAAAAGCUGUUCAUAAAUGGAGAAGGUAAGUUACUAAAGAAUAUGAAUAUUAUCCCAUUUUUAUUAAAUUAAAUAUAUAUAGGAUAUAUAUGAAUAUAUUAAUUAGUUUAAUACUGGGAUUUUUUUUUAAUUUUUAAGUAAUAAACAUUUAUUUAUUUUUGAGAUAGGGUCUCACUAUGUUGUCUAGACUGGAGUGCGGUGGUGCAAUCAUGGAUCACUAUAGCCUUGAACUCCAGUGCUCAAGUGAUCCACCUCAGCCUCCCAAGUAGAUGGGACUACAGGAACCCUACCCCCUCAUGGUGUCACACUGCCAAAGCACAUCACUCUCCAGUGCUCUCAACCCUUUCUGCCUGGGAAACACUAGUCCAAGGAUAUGACCAGGAGGUUCCCUGGGCAGAAGAAACAAGGUCCCCUAAAAACACUUCUAUCACCAGACUCCACAGGAUAAGGAGGUUACUCCUACGAGGACAUUCCUUGGAAACUAUUAGAGCUCCGAGACAACUUGAAGCAGACAUCCCAACUCUGUGGACUUUAGUUUAAACAUAAAUUCCAGGUUUGCCAUAUGUGUCAUUGGCUCAGCAGAUGGCACCACCUAGCCCAAGCAACAGUACCCCUAACAGCAGCAGUGGAAGCAAUGGAAAUGACCAGCUGAGCAAAACCAACCUAUACAUCCGAGGAUUGCAGCCAGGCACUACUGACCAAGAUCUUGUCAAGCUGUGUCAGCCAUGGAGUUUCACUCUUGUUACCCAGGCUGGAGUGCAGUGGCUCAAUCUCAGCUUACCGCAACCUCCACCUCCUGGGUUCAGGCAAUUCUCCUGCCUCAGCCUCCCGAGUAGCCGGGAUUACAGAUAUGGCAAGAUUGUUUCCACUAAGGCCAUACUGGACAAGACCACAAACAAAUGCAAAGGCUAUGGCUUUGUAGAUUUUGACAGCCCUUCAGCAGCACAGAAAGCUGUAACAGCACUGAAGGCCAGCGGUGUACAGGCACAGAUGGCAAAGCAACAGGAACAGGACCCCACAAAUUUAUACAUCUCAAACCUCCCACUGUCAAUGGAUGAGCAGGAACUGGAGGGGAUGCUGAAGCCCUUUGGCCAGGUUAUCUCCACCCGUAUCCUUCGAGACACCAGUGGGACCAGCAGAGGGGUUGGCUUUGCAAGGAUGGAAUCCACAGAGAAGUGUGAAGCCAUCAUCACCCACUUUAAUGGAAAAUAUAUUAAGACACCCCCUGGAGUACCAGCCCCAUCCGAUCCCUUGCUUUGCAAAUUUGCUGAUGGUGGGCCAAAGAAACGACAGAACCAAGGAAAAUUUGUGCAAAAUGGACGGGCCUGGCCAAGGAAUGGAGACAUGGGUAGCAUGGCCUUGACCUAUGACCCCACCACGUCUCUUCAGAAUGGGUUUUACCCAGCCCCUUAUAACAUCACCCCCAACAGGAUGCUUGCUCAGUCUGCACUCUCCCCAUACCUUUCCUCUUCCGUGUCUUCGUAUCAGAGAGUGACUCAGACAUCUCCUCUACAAGUACCUAACCCAUCUUGGAUGCACCACCAUUCAUACCUCAUGCAACCUUCAGGUUCAGUUCUGACACCAGGGAUGGACCAUCCUAUUUCUCUCCAGCCAGCCUCCAUGAUGGGACCUCUUACCCAGCAACUGGGCCACCUCUCCCUCAGCAGCACAGGCACGUAUAUGCCGACGGCUGCAGCUCUGCAAGGAGCUUACAUCUCCCAGUACGCCCCGGUGCCUUCUUCCAGUGUUUCAGUCGAGGAGAGCAGCAGCCAGCAGAACCAAGUGGCAAUGGACACGCCCUCAGAGCAUGGGGUCUAUUCUUUCCAGUUCAACAAGUAACAGUGGGAUUCCCCUCCCCAUCUUUACUGAAUAGAAAUGAAUUCUUGGAGAUACUCGUGCUCCCAGAUUCCAGAGGGUUAACCAGGAAUGCAGACCAUCUGUCGGCCCUGCUAAGGACUAACACUUAGCCAUCGUUUUUCACAGGCCUGGGCCUGGAAAAAGAAAUCUCUACGUUCCUGCCCUCUGCUCUUUCCCCAUUGCUGAUGGAGCCUGGGGGAACCAUCACUUUUUGUGUGUACUACAUUCAAGGAGAUCCAAAAAACUUUUUUUCUUUUGCAAAGAAAGUUUUUUGUUUUUAACUGCAAUGUACUGUUCCCUACCCUGAAGAGACAUGGUGGUUGGAGCUUCUUCUCGUCUAUAUGAAAAAGUGUUUGAUGUAUUGGAAUUAUUUGGGGAUGCUUUUAAAAACAACUUGUAAUUAUUUCUUUAAAACCCAAAACAAAACAAAGUUGUGGUGCUGGAGCACUGCUGUAGGAGCCCUGCUUACUGAGCUUAGUGAUGGGCUUUUUUGAUGUGUGUGUGUGUAUAUUUUAAAAGUGUGCAGACUUUAAAAAUUUUGUUUUGUAAAACUCUCAGCUCACACACCCAUCUCCUCUUCACCCAUGUUAUUCCUUCUUUCUCUUUUCCAGAUUGUUUUUUCCUCUUUUCUAAACAGCUGAGGCUACCUACUUUCCCCUUCUACAGCUUUUAAUUUUAUGGAUAUUUAAAAAUGAAAUUUCAUGUGGGAUUUGGGGUGGGGUGGGCAGGCUGGGCAAGGAACAAGGCAGAACACUAAGUAGGCCAUGGAAGUGGCUGUUCUUUCCUCCCCGCUGCCACCUCCUGGGAGAAAAAACUAGACUUUGGCUUCAGAAAGCACAAAUGUGACCCAGACUUACUAAUGAGACAAUUCCACAGCCCUGAGAACACACCCUUGAGCCAAAUUUGGUUGAAGACUAGGUCUUCCCUGGCAAGUUCCAGAAGAAUGGACUGACUUUGACCAACUCUUCUCACUGCCAAGGCCAACGGAUUCUGAGGAAAUGUCUUUUCCAGCUACAACUUUUGGGAGUCCCUGCCUUACCUGAUUCCUGUCUGUCCCGGGCUUCACGGCCCUUCUCUUCCCUGUGCACGGUGCUGCGCUUAGAGCCUUUGCAGCUGUGACCUAGUUGAAUCCACAUAGGCUCCUUCCGCACUGUGGAAGAUCUGCUGCUUCACCUCAGACCAGGGGUUCUCAACCAGAGGCGGUUUUGUCCCUCAGAGGCCUUUGGCAACAUCUAGACAUUUUUGAUUGCCAUGCCUGGAGGUGAGAUGUGUGUGCUACUGGCAUCUAGUGGCUGGAAACCAGGGUUGCUGCUAAGCAUCCUGCACUGCAUAGUACAGUCCCCACUACCCUCAGCCAGGAAUUAUCUGACUCCAGAGGUCAGUAUUGCCAAAUUUGGGAAACACUGGUAUAGACAGUGUUGUCCCUGCCUCCUGGGUUAGGGUAAAUGCUCACCCAAUCCCUGGACAAACUGCCUUUGACACGCAUGCAGCUGUUUGGGAAGGACCAGACUGAGAUCCUAGGAUUCUCCCCAGACUUUGACCUUUGAUACCUCUGCAUAUAGCAAGAGUGAUCCUUGAAAGAGUUGUGGCUCCAUGCUGAGCGCACACAUGUGCUCAGAAGGAUUCAGGUGGACACUCUUCUGGUGUGUGCUGUGCAACGGUGGGAAAGGACAAAGCUCUCUAAACUGUCCAGAGCAACCUGCCCUGCCCUGGUAUGCUUGGACCCCAUGCCCAGGGAACUAGGACAUCAGAAAUAAUUUUCCUUCUUAUGGAAGGACAACAGGGAGCGAGGGUAGAAAAGAGCAAUAAAUUCCAACUCUUUAUGAGGUUAGGAGUCCUUUUAAAAAGCCUAUGUCUUGGUCUUUAAAUGUUCUCUUCUGCAAGAUGUGACUCUAUACACAUGGAGACAGACUGAAGAAAGCCUCACCCAUCUUCUAGGAAAUAAAAUCCUGCUCCUGUCCUCUUCCCCGUCACUCCCUUAUGCACUGAAAGGAAAAUUCCACUCUCCUGUACUCCAAGGCCAGGUGUCUCUCCACCAGACAAGUCAAACAAGGGCAAAUGAUGAAGGAUAGAAAGACAGGUGUUCAUUAGGCGGGCCAUAGGGAGAGGAAGGGGGUGACAGCAGGGAAGAAACUGUAGUAUCAGUUGUUGCACAUAGAGCUUGGCCCAGCUUUCCCUCCCUUCCCAGCCACCCCAGAAUUGAGAGUCCCAGUGCCCCCUAGUGUCGACUUUCUAUGUACAUCUGGGGGUGAGGGAGUGCGAGGACAGAAUUGCCAUGUCUUCCCAUUGAUGCUUCCAACCUCAGAAGGGCUCAUCCAGUGUAAAACAGCCCCAAGCCCACUACCUUCUACCUUCUAGAGGGCUUUGGCUGGGCAGAUAGCUUUUGUUUUUGAGUCUCCAGCUGUCAGUCAAGGAAAAUAUACCAUAGCUGCUUUCUUGUCAGUGGCCUUUGAGAGAAAGAGAAAACAAAUCUAGAAAUCUGUUCAUUUGAUAGAUGGGGGGAGCUUUGCUAUGUAUGGUACUAAAAUAUUUUAAGAAUGUUAUGAGCAUCUGUAAUGAGUCGGGUGAGAUGUAAAGUUUAGGAAGGGGCUUUCAUGCAUAGAAGCCAUUGUUGAUAUGGCCACUCCCCUCUCCUCUGCCUCACAGAACUCCUGAUUCUGUCUUAUUUCUCUAUAUUUAAAAAAAUGUUUAAAUGGCUCAAAUUUUUUGUUUUAAAUUUUGAAUUUACCUUUUGGGCUUCUCCUCAUGUGAAUCUACUUGUUAGAUUGUAUUACAUGUGUUUCUGGUUUGGGUGUGGGAAGUGAUAGGGAGCCUCAAGUUAUUUUGCAGUGGCUAAUGGCACUAGGAAUUUCCAUUUUGUUGCUUUGGGUUUACACUCAUUUUCCCACCUAAUUGUUAGUUCAUUUGUAACAGUGAGUGAGUGUUUGGAGGAAAGGAGGGAUACUGUUUCUCCCAUGAAAUAGUCUAAUUGGUUGGGGUGAUGGCAGAGGAAUUGUGGGGGAGCCUUCCAGCUUACAGCCUGGGGUUGGGCUCUUAAACACUAAGCCUAGUGUUUUCUGAAUUCUGUCAUCACGGAGCUCAGAUCUUACUCUUUGUACUUUACAUCUCACCCCGACUCAUUACAGAUGCUCAUAACAUUCUUAAAAUAUUUUAGUACUUGGCAUUUUUCUGUUUUCACUCAAAUAGAACAUACCAGAGUCCCUUCCUCAGUUGGCAUAAUCCUUUUACAGGCUCUGAGCCUGCCUAGCCAUCUCCUGUCCAGUGUUAUAACUCUACAUCUCAGGCUCUGAGUUGAUAUUCAGACCGUAAGCUGAUUGGACUUUUUGGAGGAGGGUGCCAGGAGAGGUCAGGAAGAUGUGGGGAUGAUGGAGAGAGAUGUUUUUAGUUUUUAGAGAUGGUCUCACUCUGUCACCCAGGCUGGAGUGCAGUGGUGCAGUCAUGGCCCACUACAGACUUGAAUUUCUGGACUCAAGGGAUCCUCCCACCUCAGCCUCCCAAGUAGCUGGAACUAUAGGCACGUACUGCCACGCUCAUUUAGUUUUUUAAGUUUUUUGUAGGGACAGGGGUCUUUCUGUGUUGCCCAGACUGGUCUUGAACACCUGUCAAGUGAGCCUCCCAACAUGUUGUGAUUGUAGGUAUGAGCCUUUAUGCUUGGAUGAGAUGUUAUUUUUAAUGUUUGGGGGCUUUUUUUAAAGGCAGGUUCUCCUUCUGUGGCCCAGGCUGGAGUGCAGUGGUACCAUCCUGGCUCACUAGAGACUCGACCUCCCAAGGCUUAGGUGAUCCUCCUGCCUCAGGUGCCCCUUCCCCUGCCACCAAGUAGUGGUAUACCACCAUGCCUGGCUAAUUUUUAGUAGAGAUGGGGUUUCACCAUGUUGCCCAGGCUUGUCUUGAACUCCUGGGCUCAAAUGAUCCCCCACCUCAGCCUCCCAAAGUGCUGGGAUUACAGGCAAGAGCGACCAUGCCUGGCCUUUUUAGUUGAGUAGCUGGGAUUACAGGUGCCCGCCACCAUGCCUGGCUAAUUUUUGUAUUUUUAGUAGAGAUGGGGUUUCACCAUGUUGGCCAGGCCGGUCUCUAACUCCUGACCUCCAAAUGGCUAAUUUUUGUAUUUUUAGUAGAGACGGCGUUUUGCCACGUUGCCCAGGCUGGUCUUGAACUCCUGGGCUCAAAUAAACCACCUGCCUUGGUCUCCCAAAGUGCUGGGAUUACCCACUGCACCCGGCCCUUUGUAGUGUCUUUAGCCAAACAAUUUGAAAAGUUGCCCAGGCUAGGAAGCCUGGUGGCUCUAUAGGGUAAUAGACCUUUUCAGUAACACAUAAGGAGUGGUCAAACUCAUACUGAGGAAGAAGACCAGACUUUGCUGCUUCACAGGCCAUACUUAGGUUGGGCCACUUCAGCUCCAUUCCAUUCCCUUUCCUUUCCUAACUUGCCAAUCAGUUAGGAAUGAGCAUUAAGAGCUCAUUCACUCUGUCUCCAGUGCCUACUCCCUCCCUGUCACUCCAGUGUCAACCUAUUCGGAGUUGAGGCCUGCACGUGAGCUGUUACUUUGUAUCAUACAGAUGCUGUGACAGGCCUUGCUGGAAUGGUAGGGAUCCCCCUAGAAGCAGUGACUACUAGUCUUCUAGAAAAGAACUACUGCCACUGCCUUGUGCACAUGCCCCACCUUCUGGGAAAGUGACAACAUUGCACUCGUGAGGGGCUUUGCAUUCUUAGCCAAGGGCAGUAAACUUGGGUGGGUGAUCUGGCCCAAACUUGCCCCGAGGCUCUACUGGCCCUGAAUCAGCAGGCUUCAGAGAGGGUGGGUGUUAUAAAAGCCAGUCUGUAAAGGGUAAAUUCCAAAUCUUGUGCCUUGUUAUACCAAUCCUUCCUGAUUCCCUUUCAAACGAACUACUCUAUUUCUAUGCUGCCUGAAUUUUCAAUCCUCCCAAGCAUUAGCAGAUUCCUGAAAUUUCCUCAUUUGGUAGGCCUCCCAUAGGAGUCGGCAGUUAAAACCAGACUGUGAGCUUCUAUCUCCCUUCUGAUCUCUGCUGCUCCUCCCAGGGAACAGUCCCCACAUAACUAGACAAAAGCUAGGUGCCCUCAUCACCCCAGUUACCCCCCGACCUGUCCACUUGUUUUGAAUAAAUCUGCAUUAUCCAAGCAGAUCCCCCAAUUUCCUUGUCCUUGUUACACAGCUACCUCACAAUCUCCCAAUUCAACAAGGGCAUAAAUACCUGAUUUACCUAUUUCUUUCCUUCUCUCUGAGGGUUGGGAAGCUGGGGACUAGAAAAGGCUCGUAAUUAAAUGUAAAAACUCUUGGGAAUUUCCAUUCCUAGAAUGUUUUCUCUGGGAUUUUUAGCUCACUGAUCACCCUAGAAUAGUGCGAACUCUCCAGACAGGUCCUGCUGUGAUAGGCCAGGGGAGUAGGCUGUGCAGUGACUGCUCCGGGUAAUUAGUAAUGGUUGGAGGACACCAGCAUAGGAGCAGAGCUUACAAUUUAAGAGGACAAGAAAGUGGGUUGGUGGCUGGUGUACAGCUGUGAAGGUAAUCAAAUACCAAAGAGGAAGUUUGUGAUAUAAGGCUGGAAGCAAAUGUUCCUUCUCUACCUUAAUACAUACUUCCGGGUGUUCACCAAGACAAAUUUUCCAGGCUAGAGGGUAAUACUUUUCUAGCCUGAGUGAAGUCCCCACUCCAACAUAACACCCUUUUUGGGUGGGUGAAUACUCUUUUUCAUAUAGACAGAAAAUGUUUAUACUUACACAUUUUGGACAUUUUUUAUCUGGAGACUAGUUUUGUAUACUUCCCACAUCUAUGCCAAUGCCACCAUUCUAACUUACUCUUCCUUUUCUACCCCUGGUCUUCUCCUUGCCCUUCCCUACAAUUUGGUAGAGGUCCAAUUUGUCUUACUUCAAACUUUUUAAUAAAACACAAAAGUCUA